AUGUCAUCCCCACCACCCCCUCCAACCCAAACCCACGAACAGCUCACCCUCGCCGGCGCCCGUCUCGCCCUUGCCGCCGCCGAGCGCCGCGCGCAGGAGCUCGGUCUCGGCAUGAACAUUGCCGUCGUGGACGGGGCGACGCACCUGCUCUGCUUUGCGCGGAUGCCGGGGGCGAAGAUUACGAGUAUUGGGAUCGCGAUAGACAAAGCCUUCACAGCAGCAGGCCACCGCCUCGGCACGCACCUGUACAAGGAAGCCGUCUGGCCCGGCGGCCCAGCGUACGGCCUGGGGAACAGUAACGGCGGCCGGUUCACAACCUUCGGGGGCGGGCUGCCGAUCCUGAAUGCGCGCGGGGAGGUCAUUGGGGGUAUUGGGGCGAGUACGGGCACGCCGGCGCAGGAUCAGCUGGUGGUGCAGGCGGGGGUGGAUGCGUUGAGGGAGGUGCUGCACGGCGGGAGUGGUGGUGGUGUUGGUGAUGGAGAGAGGGUGAAGGCGAAGUUGUGA